AUGAUUCCAAUUCAACCGCUAUCUCUCUUUCUCAGCAUAUUCAUACUGCUGGCAGCUGGCGAUGACACCUUUGACUGGAGCUCCAUCACUCCCUCGGCAGACCUCGUCUACUCUCCGUGCUUUGGGCAUUUCCAGUGCGCACGCCUUCUUUUGCCACUUGACUGGCUGAGUGAAAAUGGAAGCGACACCACCUCCAUUGCCAUGAUUAAGCUGCCCGCUGCCGUAUCCCAAGACCACGCGACGUUUGGCGGUGCCAUCUUUGUAAACCCAGGCGGGCCAGGAGGAUCAGGCGUGCAAUUUCUGCUCGAUGGCGGAAGACUAUUGCAGUCAAUCGUGAAUAUUCCGAGACAAAAGUACUACGAGAUGAUCUCUUUUGAUCCACGCGGCGUUGGUGCAAGUGAGCCGCGUGUCGACUGCUAUCCGGCCAACAACGUUGCCCGCCGCGCCAAGAUUCUGGAAACGACGGCCGCCGGCGCACUCAAUCUGAGCUCGGCUUCAUUUGACUUUGGCUACUUUACUGCGAGAGCUCUCGGAAAGCGUUGCGAGAUGACGAACGCUCACAUCUUGCCGUUUGUCAAUACGGCAAGCGUAGCCAGAGAUAUGCUGGCCAUGGUGGACAAGGUUGCAGAGCUGCGCAAGAAACAGACGAUAAAGCAGCAAAAGACGGAUGUACAGUCUGACAUGCGCAAAGGUGACGUGAGUUCUGAUAAUGUACCCCGCCUACAGUACUAUGGUCUCUCAUACGGCACCAUUCUUGGUAAUUAUUUCGCGUCGCUGUUCCCGGGACGCGUGGGCCGCAUGGUCUUGGAUGGUGUUGUUGAUAGCGACGACUGGGCGAACGGCCCUGGGUGGUUGACAAUGACUCAAGACGCAGAUAAGAUGAUGGAACUCUUAUUCGAAGGCUGCUUCACGGCCGGCCCCUGGGUUUGCCCGCUGCGUCAGCCAAGCGACAAGUCACCGACAGACAUUAGCAAUCGCACAUGGUCUUGGAUUAAAGCGCGUGAUGCGGAACCCAUUGAAGCCAAGACUCCAGACGGCUCUGCCGACGUGUUGUUGCGGUCCGCCGACAUUCGCCAUUUGAUCAUGAAGAGCCUCUACCAUGCAGACUACCGCUUUGUCACUGUUGCCGGCCAGCUGGCUGAAGCAAUGCGGGGCAACCCAGAGCCACUAGCAACAUCAGUUCUCCGUAUGUUUGGCAUAUCGGACCCAAGUGAUGCGUGCACGAUCGGCAACGAUACCACAUCUACGGCACCAACUGAGACUGCGGACCCCUACAAUGCCGUGAUUUGCACUAAUGGUGUUGACGUCUCUGGCGAGAAUUCCACAUAUUGGAAGAGCUACAUGGAGCGUCAAGGCUCCAUCUCAACUUUCUUCGGGGAACUUGUGGCCAGUGCUCGCCUUGCCUGCGCUGCUUGGCGUGUACGCCCUAACUGGUCCUUCAAAGGACCCUUCAAAACACCAACUGCUUCCAAGGAUCCAUUAUCACCGGAGUCUAAUCGUCCAGCAGCGCCGCUCCUAUUUCUAUCCAGCAAAUGGGACCCAGUGACGCCCCUACGCAACGCACGCGCCAUGGCGAGCAGGCAUCCUGGAGCGGGAGUCCUCGUGGAGGGCUCGAUGGGGCAUUGUGCCCUUGGCGGGGGCUAUGUGAGCAAAUGCCUGAAGAGUGUAGUGUCAGAGUAUUUUGACAAGGGUGUUGUACCCGAGAAAGAAGUCUCUUGCAAAGGUACCAAAAAUCCUUGGUCUGAUAUCUUUCACCAGAAUACUGCAGCGCAAGGCUUGAUGCAAGAAAGAAAUAGACAUCACUUUCUUGGUGUCUAG